UCCCAGCAUGCUCUCUCCUUGACGCGGGGAGGAGAAAGGCCACCACGUCCCUCCCCUCCUCCUUCCCCAUCAGCUUUGUUAAUGCCAAGGGAGGGAAAACCACACCGGAGAGAAAGAUGGGGGACCAAAAGGACGCUCUACGUAAAAUCAUCACCACGCUUGCUGUGAAAAAUGAAGAAAUCCAGAACUUCAUCUAUGUCCUCAAACAGAUGCUCCAGAACUUAGAGGCCAAUUCAGAUCGGGUCCAGAAAGACUUGGAAGCUGAGUUCCAGUCGCUGUAUGUUCUACUGGAUGAACUGAAGGAAGGGAUGGUCAUGAAGAUCAAACAAGACCGGGCCAGCCGGACCUAUGACCUGCAGAACCAGCUGGCUGCCUGCACCAAAGCUUUGGAGAGUUCCGAGGAGCUGCUGGAGAUGGCCAACCAGACCUUGCAGGGAGCUGAGAACCACGAUUUCAACCAGGCUGCGAAACAGAUCAAGGACAGCAUCACCAUGGCCCCUGCCUUCCGCCUGUCCCUUAAGGCCAAAGUGAGUGACAAUAUGAGCCACUUGAUGGUCGAUUUCGCACAAGAACGUCGGAUGAUACAAUCUCUAAAGUUCCUGCCAGUCCCCAGCGCACCAGAGAUCGACUUGGCCGAAUCACUGGUAGCUGACAACUGCGUGACACUGGCCUGGAGGAUGCCCGACGAGGACAGUAAGAUUGACCAUUAUGUGCUAGAAUACCGCAAGACCAACUUCGAGGGUCCACCCCGGGUGAAAGAAGACCAACCGUGGAUGGUCAUCGAAGGAAUCAAGGAGACUGAGUACACUCUCUCCGGGCUGAAAUUUGACAUGAAGUACAUGAAUUUCCGGGUCAAAGCCUGCAAUAAGGCCGUGGCGGGGGAGUUCUCGGAGCCCGUCACUUUGGAAACCAGAGCCUUCAUGUUUCGCUUGGAUGCCACCACCAGCCACCAGAACCUCAAGGUGGAGGACCUCAACGUAGAAUGGGACGCUAUGGGCGGAAAGGUGCAGGACAUCAAGGCCCGGGAAAAGGACGGCAAAGGCCGCACUGCCUCUCCAGUGAACUCUCCUGCCAGGUGUGUGCAGUCCCCGAAAAGAAUGCUGACGGGACGUGGUGGAAGAGACCGCUUCACUGCCGAAUCUUAUACGGUCUUGGGAGACACCCUGAUCGAUGACGGGGAGCACUACUGGGAAGUGCGCUAUGACCGUGACAGCAAAGCCUUCGCAAUUGGGGUGGCCUACCGAUCGCUUGGCAAGUUUGACCAGCUGGGAAAGACCCCUUCUUCCUGGUGUCUCCACCUCAACAACUGGCUUCAAGUCAGCUUCACGGCCAAACACAACAACAAAGCCAAAAUACUAGAAGUCCCAGUUCCAGAUAUCAUUGGUGUCUACUGCAAUUUCCAUGAAGGUUUCCUGUCGUUCUACAAUGCUAAAACCAAGCAGCUGCUCCAUACAUUUCGAGCCAAAUUCACCCAGCCAGUUCUCCCAGCCUUCAUGGUUUGGUGCGGCAGCUUCCAUGUCUACUCCGGGUUGCAAGUCCCCAGCGCCGUCAAAUGCCUUCAGAAGCGCAACAGCGCCACCAGCAGUUCCAACGCCAGCUUAUCGUAGAACUGGGCCGUUAUGGCACAAUCACGAGCCUCUCUCCUCAAGCGGAAUGGCCAACCUUACCAACAAAUUACAACACCAGUAUUAUUUUUUCUUAGCACAAGGAUUAUUUUCUCACCUCCUGGUUCUCAUGUUGAC